AUGAAUAAUACUACGAUCAACGUGGAUCAAUUGAACUCUGCGCUAAACUCUCUCAGGGUCCUACGAUCCAGUGUCAGUCAUGUUUUUGAAACACUUUCCAAUGGAUUACGAGCUGACCACGGAGAAGAUGGCAAAGAUAAGUUCCUCUUAGAGCUUCAAGAACUGCUUAACAACGUGAACAUCAACUUGAGAGACUUGGAACAAACUGUAAAUGGUCUACCCAUACCCACAGCUCCUUUUAACUUGGGUACAACGACGUACCUAAGCCAAGAAACAACACAGGAUCGGCAAGCGCUUUAUACACAACUUGUAAACAGUUACAAGUGGACUGAUAAAAUCCACGAGUACAGUUCGUUCGCACACACGCUGCUAAGCCAGAACUCGCUCAAACGAUCGUAUAUAAACUCGGGAAGUACCAAACGACGCGGUAAACUGCAAAGCAAUCACAAUGUCGCACCUCUACUAGUCGACAAUGUCAUCAACAACAUUGACAGAUCAUACAGCGACAUGAAAAUCACUAUAUCUCGCCCAUUCGCAAGCAAUGCAGUUGUACAGAUCAACCUGGGUCAUGUACUGAAAGCUAUAGUCGCAUUCAAAGGGCUUUUGAUGGAGUGGGUCAUGGUGAAAGGUUAUGGUGAAUCAAUGGAUCUAUGGGCAGAGUCAAGGCACCAUGUGUUCAGAAAAGUCACUGAGAAUGCUCAUGCUGCUAUGUUACACUUCUAUUCUCCAACAUUACCAGAGCUGGCUGUCCGUUCUUUCAUGACAUGGCUGCACAGCUAUGUAAAUCUAUUCAGUGAGCCAUGCAAGCGAUGCGGAGCACACCUCCACCACACAUCUCUGCUGCCUCCUGCAUGGCGUGACUUCCGUACCCUGGAGCCUUUCCAUGAUGAGUGUAAACAAUAG